CAAACAGGAAGGAGAGACACACAAACAAUGCGGACAACUUGUCCCGGGGCUCAGGAGCUUAGUACGGCCGAUCAGCACAGCCACAGACUCCCACACCGGGCUAAGAAAGAGGAGUUUUUUGUGGACAUGACCUGUGAAGGUUGCUCAAAAGCUGUGACGCGGGUUCUCUCCCGACUUCCAGAUGUGAAGUAUGAAAUUGACUUGCCGAACAAGAAAGUGCUGAUACAAUCUGACCAACACUCAGCGGACCAAUUGUUGGAGACCCUGAAGAAGACUGGAAAAGAGGCAAAAUACCUGGGCUGUAAGGACUGAACUACAGAAUGAAAGGAACUAGCAUAUGAAUGAAGCUGUGUGAUUGGGAUCAGAUGGCAUUCCAUGAAGAAUUUUCUCCAACAAUCAGAGAUGACCCCAACAAGUAUACACCACAGGGUCUUACUAUGGACCUAACAAAAGUUUGUUAAAUAUAAAUUUCCUGUGUUGCCUACGAUCAGCAGUUGUAUUCAGACUAGACAAUUCCAAAUCCUAAUUGGUAUCUGAAAAUUUGUCUGUUCACUUUUGACUGCACAGGGAGUUCCUAAUUAAGAUAAUUUUAUACAUGGGAACCAGUUAUGUAUACAUGUCUCCAUAACACUAACCUAGAUAAAGUCGGUGACAAGCAACAGUUAUUGUUAAGCUAGUUUAGCAUUUAUCUGUCCCCCUUACACCAAAGGCAGACUAUUUUUGGAAGCUCGUAUUUAAUUUAAAGGAAUUUAUUGAAAAUGGUGACAAAAUGAUGUUAAAUGCAGCAGAAUAACUCUUUGCCUUUUUAGGUGGCGUACUAGGUCUAUGAGGAAGCCUUUGUAUGCUACAACCAAUUGUACAUGCAACAGGAGUUAUGUGCUGAGGUAUGAUAGGGAAGAGAGAGGGCCUGUACCAGCUAGGUUUGUAUGGAAUACUUUUCAACCUAAGACAGACGCCCAUCUCCACCCUUAACCACAAAGCAGCGCCUACCUCUGUAAAUGAAUACGAGCUGGAGCCUGUAAAAGUCCCACACCAGUCCACCUGUAGAGGCAGUGAGACUAGGAUUUAAAAUAUUUGCUGCAUUUUGCAAUACAUCAUGUGACUGUUUUAAAGCCCCACCUUCCCUACCUUUUGAAAAGCGAGCCUACCCCAAAAAAUGGCCUCCUUUGGGUUUGGAAGGGACAGGUACACUUCAAGUGCCUCGGUUGCCUUGUUUUGAUAUGUCUCCCAGUUAAUUAAAUGUACAUAAUGGAUGUAAAGGCUGCUGGUAUUUUGUAGUAUUAAAUAAAUUACUAAAUGGAG